AUGGCCCGCCUUACGUUCACCUUUGUUGCUGCCUCCUUGGCGCUGUCCAUGCUCGCUGCGGCCUCGCCGAUGCCUGCGCCCCGCCUGAACGCGGUCCCGCGUGACGCGGCGAAGCUCGCGGUCGACGAGAAGACGGGCAACUACAUCGCGUUCGAUGCCGCCGGCAAGCACCUUGGCUUCAUUGAGCCCAGCGCCUCGCUCGGGCGCCGCGACGGCUCGUGCGCUGCGCUCAGCUCGGAUGAUGUCCAGAAGCUUCCGGGCUGGGACAAGCUCGUCUCCCAGGCCAACGACAACUGGGGCGACCACAAGCGCAAGAUCGUCACCAACGACUCGGACUACCCUGACAGGCCCGCGUCGAUCUGCGCCAUGGACGCUGGCGACAUCGCCAUCGACGGUGACCCGGAGUGCACGACCUCCACGCAGACUCUGUCCACUGGCGUGAAGGACACGACCGGUAUCGCCACCGUGUCCCAGGUCACUGGCACGAGCUUCUCCUCGUCGCAGACCGUCACUCAGGAGUCCUCCAUCUCAGUCGGCGAGACCGUUGAUGUGAAGGUCGGCAUUCCGGAGGUCGCAGACGUCACGUCUUCGACGUCCCUCACCGCGACCUUCACGAACAGCCUGUCCAAGACCACCACCUCGACGUCCAACCAGCAGACCACGCAGACGGUCGCGAUCAACAUCCCCAAGGACUCGACGUGCAACAUCACCUACAAGCAGACGUCCUGCUCCACGCACGGCUCCGGCCAGGUCCCCUUCACCGCGACCGGCUGGGUGUGGUUCGAGUACGACUCGAAGACGGAGGGCCACUACAAGUGGGCGCUCAACAUGGACAACCUCCUCUCCGACGACGAGCGCUCGUCGUACAUGAAGUUCGACUCCGUCGUCAGCACCGACACCAAGGGCGACUACCAGGCCGACUGCUAG